AGUAUGGUCGCCGUCGGCUGAGGCGUCGGAGGAAGCGGCGGCCGAGAGAGGGAGAGACGGAGACAGCGGGAGGAGGCGGCGCACAGCGGGGGGAGACAGCGAGGGGAGAGCGCGGCUCGGCUCGGCCCGCCCACCGUCACUGGUCUGGCCCGGCCCGGCCCGGAGUGAGAGAGAGAGAGAGAGAGACGCUUCGUGAGGCGAUGUCGGCCACAAGCGUUGACCCUCAGAGAGCAAAAGGACAAGAGAAUAAAGUGCAAAAUGGUUCUCUGCAUCAAAAGGAUGCAGUGCACGACAAUGAUUUUGAGCCGUACCUAAGCAGCCAAUCUAAUCAAAAUAACAGCUACCCUUCAAUGACUGAUCCAUAUCUGUCGAGCUAUUAUGCUCCUUCCAUUGGAUUUUCCUAUUCCCUCAGUGAAGCAGCGCCAUGGUCCACUGGCGGGGAUCCUCCGAUUCCAUACUUAACAACUUAUGGACAGCUGAGCAACGGAGACCACCAUUUCAUGCAUGAUGCUGUCUUUGGUCAGCCUGGGGGUCUAGGGAGCACCCCCUACUUAAAUCAACAUAGAUUCAACUUCUUUCCUGAAAACCCUGGGUUUUCUGCAUGGGGAACAGGUGGGUCUCAGGGACAGCAAACACCAAGCUCAGCGUAUGGCAGUAGCUAUAGUUACCCGCCGAGUUCUUUGGGUGGGACGAUAGUAGAUGGACAGGCAGGCUUUCCGAAUGAUACUUUGAAUAAAGCUCCAGGCAUGAAUAGCAUUGAACAAGGGAUGGUUGGAUUAAAGAUUGGUGGAGCGGUGACGUCAUCGGGUGUGAAGACGGUGGGGUCUGUGGUGAACAGCCCAGGUAUGAUCAAUGCAGCGCCUGGAAAUGGCUCGACCGCCUGUGUCUCUGCUCCAAAGCCAACGUCAUGGGCUGCCAUUGCAAGUAAACCAGCCAAGCCUCAACCCAAACUGAAACCAAAGACUGGAAUCGGUGGGAAGCUCUCUUCGUUGCCCCCACCUCCUAUAAAACACAAUAUGGACAUUGGUACGUGGGACAAUAAAGGACCUGUACCAAAAGCGCCUCCACCUCAUCAGGCCCCCCCUACUCAGGCAGUUCCUCUGCAACAGUUGACUCAACCGCCACCACAACAGCAGAUGCAGAUUCCACAGCAACCGUUUCAGAACCCUCAGCAGUCCCCGCAGAACCGUUGGAUCGCCCCUCGCAACAGAGGUGUGGCAUUUGGUCAAAAUAACGGAGCCGGCAAUGAAAACAACUCGCUGGGUAAUGUCCCAGUUAGCUCUCCACCGAGCAGUGAGACUCACCCUGUCCUCGAAAAACUGAAGGCUGCUUACAGCUACAAUCCUAAAGACUUUGACUGGAAUGUCAAAAACGGUCGUGUGUUUAUCAUCAAGAGCUACUCCGAGGAUGAUAUCCACCGCUCUAUCAAGUACUCCAUUUGGUGCAGUACAGAACAUGGCAAUAAGCGCUUGGACAGUGCAUAUCGCUCGAUGGCUGGCAAAGGUCCUGUUUACUUACUAUUCAGUGUAAAUGGCAGUGGACAUUUUUGUGGAGUGGCAGAAAUGAAAUCGGCAGUGGACUACGGGACAUGUGCUGGGGUUUGGUCACAGGACAAGUGGAAAGGCAAAUUCGAUGUCAAGUGGAUCUUUGUAAAGGACGUGCCUAAUAACCAGCUGAGGCAUAUCCGCUUGGAAAACAAUGACAAUAAACCAGUCACUAACUCUCGAGACACACAGGAGGUUCCGUUAGAGAAAGCCAAGCAAGUGCUCAAAAUUAUUGCUACGUACAAGCACACCACUUCAAUUUUUGACGACUUUUCACAUUACGAGAAGCGGCAGGAGGAGGAGGAAGUUGUACGUAAGGACAAAGUUUCUCUGCCAGUGGCUUCUCAUUAUUUACAAGCCACCGCUCCUAUGAAGGCACAGUCAUCCAAGCUUCAGGGAGAAUGAGCUGCAUCAGAACGGCUGCAUCAGUCCUCAUCCUCUUCAAGUUUUGCUCCAAAGACCUCUGGAGCACCUGAAUCGAAGCAAAUGAUAAGGAAACAUUUGACUUGAUGAAUAAUUAAAACAAACGGAAUCGCUGGUGGUGAGAAACCAGCGUCAGAACGAAAAAUCAAAGCUUUCUGAUCCAGUAAAACCUUCUGUGCAGGGGAAUUAAGCUAUAUCAUGUUUUUAAUACUCUUCUGGUUUUGUUUUGAUUAUUUUUGUUUUCCCCAGACUGGUCUGCAUUUUGUUAGUAAUUUUUGCACCUAAAUGCUGUAGCUGUCACUGGUAACGUUCUGUUACACUGAAGCUUUAUCUUGCAUUUGUUUAGCAACCAUAUGAAGAUUUUCAUGCUCCUUUUUACGGGACAUAUUACUGCAUCAGCCUUCUGUAGUUUGGAUGAUGUGAUGCUUUCAACGUUACUAGUUUUUGGUCAUGUGUGUUUAAAACUUUGAGCUUCCUUUUUUGUUUUCACGCUGCUGUUAAUUUGCAUUCUUUCAUGAAAAUCCCAAGGCCAUUUUAUUUUUUCCUUCUAUAAAGCUGAGCUUUAAUGUAGGAGCAAAUAGUGGAAAUGAUGGUUGAUGUCUCAAAUUAUAAAUUGAUGCAAACGUCUCUUGAUUCUUCCGAGAUGAAAUAUUUUGAUUUUUUUUUCUGUCCGAAAGCUGUACUUUGCUGUACUGUCUGUGAGAUGAGGGAACCAUUGAAAAUGCCACCAACUUGGAUAAAGCAUGAAAUGGUGCUCAUGCCUGUUGCUUUUAUUCACAGAAAUGUGCACGUGUUUAUUGUAGAGGAACUUUACUAUCAUUAGGAAACAAACAAUUAACUCUUCUAAACUUAGUUAUAAAAAUUGACCUCAAUUUAAAGAAAUAAACUUAUCAUUUAGACUUAUUUAGACAAUUUUAGUUAUGUCUAUGGAAUAUUGCCUGUAAGGUAAAUAAACAUCAUCGGGUUGAUUUUCUGUCCUCUAGGAGAAUACAAGCCUUAAUAAACAAUAUCUGUUUAGCAAGCACAA